AAAAUAUUCAAAUAUCCAGAACAACUUUGUUGGUAAAAUUAUUCGAAAGUUUUCUUGUUAUUGCAACCAAGUGCGGAAUGGAGGAAAGGUCAUAAACAUCACAGACUGGCCUGCGCAUUUUCCAUUCAAUAUUUCGGGAAUUUUCCUUUCCAGAAAGUAUGAAUAGGCGACAGCCGGCUAUAUCCGUACGGAUAUACCUGGACCCCCUCCUCGCCUGAAGGACUACCUGGAUUAUCCAGUAGUUUGAGGGAGUCCUGUUGAAUUCUGCAGACGCUCUGCCCGCCCCCCCUCCGCCCUCACUGUCGUCAGCCCCUAUAUAGUUGCCUGUUGGCAACAAAUUUUCAUCAGUCUCUCCUUGAUUUUCGAUACACAAGUAUCGAGGUGACACGUUCUGUGAUUUUUCAUGUGCAUUCACAUCCUGUUAAAUUUUUUUACUUCGCCCAUCCGUUGAGACAUCGAAAAUGUACAAGAAAAUCUACCAGAAGAUAACACCAAAAUGGAUUCCAUCGCGAGUCAUCAUCUGCAUCAUGAUGUUCACUGCCUGUUGGACGAGCUACAUGUGCCGUCUGCAGAUGAGCAUAUUAGCGGUCCCCAUGAUACGAACGAUGGGGGAUAAGCAUGAACUCUCGGGUGCAUGUGUCCGCGAUGCUGAAGCCCAGGCGAAUCGAAAGGGAAGAUCGAUAAUUUUUGAUCAGGUGGAGGAUCCUGAGUAUUUACACGCUAUUUUUCAGAGAGACACUAAUGAGACUGUCUUCCCCGGCCUCAAUGUAACAUUCAGAGACGACGAAUCAGAGGCACCCCCAGCUCCAGCCGGGAUGCAUCUGUUCUCCGGUACUCCCUUUGAGUGGACGCCUUUCAUCCGUGGCCAACUGAUCUCAGCGUACAGCUGGGGUAACGUGCCCGGAAAUUUCAUAGGCGGUGUCGUGGCCCAAAAAUGGGGCCCGAGGCGGGCAAUCCUCUGGUCAUCAAUUCUCGCUGGUGUCGUAUCCCUAAUCAGCCCGAUAUUAGCUCACGUAUCGUGGAUAGCGCUCGCACUAUCGCGAGUGGUCAUUGGCGUUACUGGAGGCAUCACUUUUCCCGCCUGCCACACAAUGGUCGCGAGGUGGGCCCCGCCGGACGAAAAAGGACGAUUCGUUUGGACCCUGCAAGGAGGGACUUUUGGCUCCAUUUUUCUAUUCGGAAUGAUUUCGGGAAUCGCUGAGAGCAUUAAUUGGGAGAGUGGGUGGUAUAUACCGGCUAUUAUGAUGUUCGUGUGGGUGGUUGCUUGGUAUCUAUUCGCUUGGGACUCACCGGAGGAACAUCCGGGCAUCACCGAGGAAGAGAAAAACUUCAUCCUAGAAGCCCAAGCAGGCACUGUUCAAAAGCAGAAGCCGUCCUUGAGCGAAACUCCCAUUCGCCAGAUUAUGACAUCAAUUCCAUUCUUAUGUUUGAUACUCUGUCAUUUCGGAAACCUCUUCCUGUUAUUUUUCUAUCAAAACGGCAUGAUGCUGUACCAGACAAAAGCCCUGGGUUUUCAAUUGACAAAAGGUGGUGUUGUGGCUGGAUUGCCAUGGGCCAGCAGAGUCCUCUUUGCAUUCUUCUUCGGCUGGGCUGGAGAUGUCAUCAAAAGGAAGCAGUUUAUGUCUGUGACUGCCCUGCGGAAAAUAGCCACUAUUUUCUCCCACUUAUUGCCAGGAGUCUGCCUGAUAAUCGUCGGCUACCUCGGCUGCUCCUUCUUCUGGGCGAAUGUCUUCCUAGUCCUUGCACUCGGCUUCAACGGUGCCGCCUCCAUCUCAAACUUAUCAAAUAACCAAGAUUUAUCACCAAAUUACGCAGGAUUUCUCUACGGAAUAAUGAAUACCAUUGGAUGCUUGUCGGGGAUAAUUAUUUCACCAGUCGUUGAAGAAGUUGCUGGAAAAUACGGCAAUCCAAUAGAAAAAUGGAGACUUCUCUUCUGGAUGGGAGCGACAGUUUGCAUCUCUUGUAUGGCGAUAUUUAUUGCUGGUGGUAGUGGAAAAGUACAGAGUUGGAACGAAUUGAAACCGAGGGAAGAGGGUGAUGCAGCCGGUCGCAGAUAAUAGUCCAAAUUCUGCAGAUACCCAUUGUGAUAUGAUAAUUUUCAUGAAUGAAUUUUUUAAGAAAUAUUUCCUGUAUCAUUUUCCAUGAAAGAAAAUACUGAUCUCCACGGCAAUGUAGUCCAGGAAGCGUUGAAUUACAUCCAACAGGCUUUACAUAACACAAUAAGUACAAAUGUACAAUUAUGGUGCAAUAAUACCUAAGACGAGUGCAUGUAUGAAGGACAAAUGCUCAUUCAUGUUUGAUGAAUUUUAUUUGAAUUAAAUUAUUUAUUGAAAUUCACGAAAUAAAAUCGAUUGAAGUAUUGUUUUUAA